AUGGCUCCGUUAGAGGGCAUCGCCACUCUCAAAGCAGAUAUCACACAUCCCUCUACCAUCCCACUACUCCUCAAAGCUUUGGACCCUGACCUCUACGAUGAAACCGACUCUGAAAAUACGAAUACCCCUUCUCCCUCCAAACCACACUCUCACCCUGUUGAUCUCGUCCUGUCCGAUGGCGCGCCAGAUGUUACCGGUCUACACGACUUGGACAUCUACAUCCAGUCCCAGCUCCUGUAUGCCGCGCUAAAUCUCGCCAUUGGCGUCCUUCGCCCUGGAGGUAAAUUCGUGGCCAAGAUCUUCCGCGGGCGAGACGUCGACCUCAUCUACGCGCAACUCAAGACCGUAUUUGAACGGGUUUCCGUCGCCAAACCACGAAGCAGUCGAGCGAGCAGCCUUGAAGCAUUCGUGGUCUGUGAAGGGUUUAUGCCGCCAGUAGAUUGCAACGGGCAGUCCCGUUCCGGGUUUGAUAAUCCUAUCUUUGGCGGUGCGAAAUCUGGGGUUUCGCCUACCGUGGAGACAACUGAGACGGAUAAUAUGCGGUGGAUUCCGCCAUUCAUCGCGUGUGGUGAUCUGUCGGCGUGGGAUGCCGAUGCUUCAUAUGAACUUCCGCCAGACCACGUUAGUCUUGACCCCGUCCAGCCGCCUACCGCGCCUCCCUAUAAAAGGGCGUUAGAAUUGAAAAAGGCAAAGGGCGGUGCAUACGGGAAAACGAAGGGGGUGGUGUACGAUGUUUAG